ACGAUGGCGGAGGCCGCGGGUCCGUCGUCGGGGGUCCCGUCGUCGGGGGUUCCAGCGCCGGGGUCCCCGUCGGUGGCGGUGCUGUUCUGCCGGGGGGAGCAGGCGCGCGCGUGCGCGGUGGGGGUGGGCGCGGGUCGCGAGGCGCUGCUGCAGCGCGGGCUGCGGCUGUUCGGGGAGCGGGCGCCCCCGCGCGGCCGCUGGGCGCUGCAGCUCUUCGCCCCGGACUGGGGCCAGUUCGUCGACCUGCCGCCCGACUUCGUCCUCGCCGAGCGCUGCAAGCUCAGACUCCUCCCGCUACGACACACGGUCCCCCCGCUGGGCCUCCUGGAGCCGUCGGGGACGGUGUUCCUGUGCUGCGACCUGCAGGACCGCUUCCGCCCCGCCGUCAAGUACUUCGGGGACAUCAUCAGCGUCAGCCAGAGGCUGUUGCAGGGCGCCCGCCUGCUGGGCCUGCCGGUGGUGGUGACGGAGCAGUACCCCAAGGGCCUGGGGGCCACGGUGGAGGAGCUGGACCUGAGCGGGGCCGCCGCCGCCACCGCCGGGGUCCGCGCCGUCGUCCCCAAGACGCGCUUCUCCAUGCUGGUGCCCGCCGUGGAGGCUGUGCUGGACGACCUGCCCGGCCUGCGCAGCGCCGUGCUCUUCGGCGUCGAGACCCACGUGUGCGUGCAGCAGACGGCGCUGGAGCUGGUGGCCCGCGGGCUGGAGGUCCACGUAGUAGCCGACGCCACGUCCUCCCGGAGCAUGAUGGACCGCAUGUUCGCCCUCGAGCGCCUGGCCCGGGCCGGGGCGGUGGUGACGACGAGCGAGGCCGUCCUGCUGCAGCUGGUCGGGGACAAGGAGCACCCCAAGUUCAAGGACGUCCAGGCCCUCAUCAAGGCCGGGGCCCCGGAGUCCGGCCUCCUCUCCAAAGUCUAGCCGCCGGGGGUCCGGGGGGGCCUGGAGACCCCCACGGGCCGGGAAGGGGCGGUUUCCAGGCCCCCCCCCGGGGCUGGGGGCGGUCCCGGAUCCGGGGCACCCUCCCCUGACGGGCGGCGGGUCGGGGAAACACG